AUGCAAUGUGGCCCCAACGACAGCGACGUGCGUGCUUACGUAUGCGACAUGCCCAAGCGGGUGAAACACCUGAAUCCUACAACCAGCUUCGACGAAAUGCGCCAAAAAUGGAUCCAGUACGCUAAGAACACUGCGACUCCCAGCUACGCCAUCAUGCAGCAUACGCGAAGUCUGGCCAAUCAGCAAUUUGAAGUCAACGAGCUGCGUCGUCGUAUCAACGCCAGUGAUAUUGAACGAGAACCGUUGAUCGCUUCAAAGUACGGCAACACUCUUUACUUCACGCCGCCUUACCAUCCUGAGCUCCAGCCGAUCGAGCUCGUGUGGGGGAUGGUGAAGAACCGCGUGGCCAUUUGUCCAUCGAAGAACGUUGCUGAGCUCGAGGAACGUCUAUGGUCGUUGUUUGGUGAGGUGAAAAGUCAUCAUUGGGUGUCGUCCUACCGCAAAGCGGAGGCAUACGAGGAUAUAUACGAGGCACUUGAUGAAGACGUUGUCUUAGUCUCAAGCGGGUCCUCCAUUGGAAGUGAUUAA